GUCUAGUUGUUAUUUUCAACGUUUUUCUACCUUAAAUAUCUCGGCUUGUGUCUAAUUUUUUUACCUUGAAUAAGGUAUAAUUAAAUAGUAUAUAGUAAUUAGUUAAAAAUUAGAACGAAUGACAGAAGACAAAAAUUUAACUCCGUUUUCUAUAGCGGAUAUAUUGAAGAGAGAUCAUGACCACAGUGCCGAAUCAGUUGAAAACACCACUGGAGCCCUAGAUAUGACCAAUAAAAAAGGUUUUAUAAAAAAAGACGAAAUAAAAUACCAAGAAAUGGAAUAUAGAAGACGAUUGGAAUUUUUAAACGGUGGAAAUUUCGUUUUUAAUCGCGCAGGACUAGAUGAUCAUAGAAAUGCCUUAACCCGAUUUUUGAGAAAUCAUAACGAAAGACCUUUGCACGUACAACAGCGCAAGAAACGUUCUCGAGCGGCGUUUUCGCAUUCUCAAGUUUUUGAAUUGGAACGGCGAUUUAACCAACAAAGAUAUCUAUCGGGACCAGAGAGAGCGGACUUGGCUCAUUCGCUAAAGCUUACUGAAACUCAGGUGAAGAUAUGGUUCCAGAACCGAAGGUACAAAACUAAACGAAAGCAGCUGCAAGUUCCCGUAGACCAAACGAUGGCAGUCAAUACAUCGCCAAAAAGAGUGGCUGUUAAAGUUUUGGUUCAAAACGAGUCAAAAUCGAAUAACUCCAUGAAGACGUACCAACCUGACAAAGUCGCAACAGCGGCCGUCAUAGACUGCGAUGCCGGAAACGAUCCACACAGUUAUUAUCCCACUGCAUUCUUUCCGGGCCUGCACGUCAGUCUGCCAACUACGCCCUACUACGGUUGUUACCAAUACCGACCUGUUAUAACGGCGGCGGCUGCGGCCGCAUAUCUCCGGGAUUUCCCCGGCGGAGGUCGAGUGUCAUCCACCACAACUGACGAUCAAGAGUCAUCGGAUGACAGUCAGGGCUUCGUUAACAUCAUCGAUGAAUGUCCCACGUCUACAACAGCGUCCGAAUAAUUUUACUUCAUCGAUUCGUUUUAGUAACCAUAUGAGUGGUGUAAACACACGAAUAGGUCUUAUUAUUGUUAUUUCUUUUAUUUUCAACUGUCAUUUUGACGAUAAACGCGUGUUUAGGUAUUUGUCACGUUAUUCAUUUUUAUGGUUUAAACAAAAAGUAAAACGUCGGAACGUCUUUUGUUUUUAAAACAUAUAUUUAAAACACUUAGUCUGUUCACUAUUUAAAUUUCAAUGCAAAACAUUUUAUGAAAACGUGUACUCAUUUCAAAAUUCCGACUGGUUCUGUGCAGUGACUGAAUUUGAAUUCAUAGAUGAAUUAAAUGGACGAUUGCGAUAUCACAUCAAUAAUAAAGGGCACAAAAUACACGGACUUAAAAUUAAAUCGGUCUGUCAGGUUUUUGUCUAUCGCGAAACGCCUCGUUAGAUAUUAUAUUUUAUUGGCUAAAUUAAUUCGAUAAAAUAUAAUAUUUCUGACAUUCUGCAAUUUUACAUUUAAAUUGAAUAACAAUGAGCAGUAAUUUUAAGAACUGGGCAUUAUAUAAAUCUUAUUUUCAUUUAUAUACUCUUUAUUUUUAAACAACGACAUUCCGCAAUUUCCUUAUCCUCUCAUUCUCAGUAACACACAAGAGAAAUGUACUGUAAUAAUAUAAUUAAGAGACGAUUUACAAAAGAUAAAUUUAACUUCUUUUUAAAUUAUAGCAAAUGAGUAUCACGUUUAUGUAUAGAGAGAGCGUGCAUUGCAUAAAGAUGAAUCUAAUCUAUUAUCAAACCUCUUUAAAAAAAAUUUGAACCCAAAACUUUUAGAUUACACAAUAAAUAUUAAAUCAUAUUUCACUAAUCAACCUACAUUUCUAAUUGUUGUUUAUUUAGAAAAAGGUAAUUUGAAACAAAAUACGAGUGAUUUUUAUAGUUAGUUGAAAAAUUGUUUUAAUCGUCAAAAAUAACCCCUUUGAAGAAACUCUAGGUACGGUGUUUUAUAUUAACUCUAGAACAUUCAAGUUCUAAAUUUCAGAAAUACUUGAAAUAUUAAUUAAAACUUGAAAAGAGUCGAUCUCAUAAGUAUUUGUAAGUGUAUAUUAUUGUAAGAUAAACUUAAAUAUAUCUAAAAAUUUAAUUUGUUUUUAGAUUACUAUGUAACUUCUUGCAUUCUAUUUUUAAUAAUUAACUUUAGAAUAUUACUAACAGAUCAUGUUAAUUUUAUACCAUUUUUUAAAAGUUUUAUUUAAAUAUUUUGUUAAUACACGCGUUAAUUGUUCAAAAAUGUUGGAUUUUAAUGUUUUUUAUUUACACAUGUAGAAAUUAUAUUAGCUUCGAUGUUAUUAUAUUGUAGCUGGUCACAGUGACAAGGUAACUUUGUAAAUUAUAAUAGAAAUAAUUCAUUUGUAAAGGAGAAAUAAUAAACUAGACAAUAUAAAAUCUGUCCCUUCGUUAUUUUGAAAUGCGUAAUAUAAAUGUUUUCCUUAUA